AUGGUGGAGAGUGGUUUCACGCUGGUGAUCGUGGCCGAGCCCCACCGCCCCCCGAGACGCAGCCCAUACUGGGCUGUAGACACCGGGCAGGCGGGGGACUCGGUCGCGAUUCGAUGGCGGUCGGUGCCGGGUGGUCCCGACACGGCCGCCAUCGAACAAGGGGAACGGCACGUCGCCGUUCAAUGGGGGCCCAUCGCGGUCGUCGGGGUCUAUCUGAGACCCUCCAGGCGCCUCCCCCCCUUUGAGGGCUGGCUCUCGGACAUCGGGCAGACGCUCGUACGCCUGAGUCCGAGGCCGGUCCUCGUGGCCGGGGACUUCAAUUCGUGGCAUACGAAGUGGGGUUCCCGGCGCACGAACAAGAGGGGUGAGGCCCUGGACGAGUGGGCGGCGAUGCACGGGCUGGUCCUCGUGAAUGAGGGCCAGACCUCCACCUGCGUGCGGACGCAGGGGGAGUCCAUUGUGGACCUCACAUGGGCUACCCCCUCGGCCGCGCGCUUGAUUACCGGGUGGAGGGUGGAGCGGGACGUCGAGACUCUAUCGGAUCACCGAUAUAUUUCGGUGGAGCUCGGCGUCCUCUCCUCCGUGCGUCGCCAAGAGGAGACGCGACCGCGAUGGGCCCUCCGGAAGCUCCGUGAGGAUGACCUGAUGGCCUCGCUUGAGGCCGCCUGUUGGGUCCGGGGAAGUUUUUCCGGGAUCCGGGAGACGGACCCCCUGCCGAGUGGAUAG